AUGUCUUUAAAUUUUCCACGAUUUUUUCCAAAAUCAACAUACCCAAAGUCGAAAUUCACUUAUACAAAGAAUAAAAAGUACAAUAAAUUUAAUAAUAAUAUUGCAGAUAAUCAAGAAUCUCACAACGAAUUAUAUCUAUAUUUUUCUAGAAAAAUCAAUAAUAAAUUUACAUUGACACCACCCACCUCCGAUACAAAUAAUAUUAAUCGAACGAAUCAAAAUCAAGGUGAAAGUUCUCAAAGUAGCCAAGAAGAAGAAGAAGGUUCGCAAUUAAUCUUAAUUGGCCAUAUUAUUUCACAAAAUGAAUUAGCUUCCGUUACAUUAUCACAGAAUAUGAAAUCUGAUAUUUUUGAUGAGUUUUUAGAAUAUGGUGAAAAUGAAAAAGUAAAUGAUAGACGCGAUAAUGAAAGAAAGCGAUCACCUAACUUUGAAGGUGAAAUGUCAAUAAUAAAAGAUGCAGAAGGGAUGCGUAAAGAAAUUAAGAAACGUGCAUUCGUUGACAAAUCAAAUACAAAGCCACGAAUUGCCAACCUUUCGAUGCAAAAACGUGAAUCAUUAGGAAUUAGAUCUAAACUUGCACCUUCCAUUCAUGAGAAAAAUCAUAAGUAUGAAAUUGUAGAAUGUCAAAGUAUCGGAAGUAUCACGAGAAAAGAAAAACAUGAAAAACAGGCAGAAGUUAAAAAAAAAGAUAAUUUUAAGGUUUUUCAAGAUGACUCCAGGACGGGAAAUAAUAAUGAUAUUCAUAAUGACAGUCGUGGUAGUGAUAUUAUGGAUAUUAUGGAUAUUAGUAAUUCGGAAAUUAGUAAGUUGCAACUUCAAGAAGAAGAGGAAUGCGAUAUCGAAGAAGAAAAUAUCAAUAUUGAUUUAAAAGAUUUGCAUGAUAAACCAUUCAUGACCUCAACGCCUACUGACGAUUAUGAUACUAACGUCCAAACCCGACAGUUUUCUUCAGAAUUUAUAUACUACAUACCAGAUGAAGAAGAAUAUAUUUCAGAAGGAAAUGUAAGUAGUUGUAAUUUGCCUACGAUUUUUAAAGGAUGUGAAGAUAAUGAAAAAGAAAAGGGUGAAGCAAAAACUGAAGCAAAAAACGAAGAUGAAGUAAAAGAUGUUGAUGGACAUGAAAUUGUACACAGUAAUCAAAAAAAAAUUGCAAAAGAUGAUAAUAACAUUCAAGAAAAAGAAAUCAUUAUACAAAAAAACGAAACUCAUCCAGAUCCUCUUACAAUUCCAUGGCAAUCUUUAAUAUAUCUACCACAAAAUAAAUCCUCGUCAAAAAUAAUGGAACGAGAUAUAAGUAAUGAGGAUACCACGAAUUACUGUGUUUACAGAAAUGAACUUCAAAGUACUGCUGCUAGUGAAAGAACAACCAGCUUGAUUAAAGAUAUAGCAGCUGAUCCAACUUUGCCUCGCGAAGAAAAAGCAUGCAGUCAAUGUGGGUAUAACGUAGCGGUAUACUUUGAGACUCAAACCCGUCGUGCAGAUGCUAAAAUGACAUUAUACUACGCUUGUGGGAAUGUUCAUUGUGGGUAUCGUUGGACUGAUUACGAACAAAAUCCCGACAAUAGUGCAGAUCAAAAUGAGAAUAAAGAAAAUGGAGAGAAUCAGAACGAUGAAUCAGAAAUGUUUAAUCAAAGUCAAGAUACUAUUAAUUAUUCAGAACCCUCAUAUCCUAUGACCAAUAUUGAACCAGAAAUUGAAAAUACGUUGGCUCCUCCCAGACAAGAAUAUCAUGAUGAAGAUGAUUGGUGA